AUGGCAGAGAACAAUGUUGUUUUAUCUAUCGAGAAUCAAACGCUCCUCGACUCGUGGAAGAUGGAAGGAAAGUCGGUCAUCUUGAUCGCUGCCAAGGAAAUCUCAACGGGGCAAAAAGCCCAGCAGGCACAUGAGCUGUCUGCCAUUGCCGCCAUAGCAGACCAACUCCGCCCGGAAUCUUUCCAGGUCGUGAGUGCGCUUCGCAAACGGGGGAUCGACGUGUGGAUGCUCUCUGGCGACAACGAAAAGACGGCUAAGGCUGUGGCUGGCAAAGUCGGUAUCGAGGCGAGCAAUGUCAUUGCUGGCGUUCUACCGGACCAGAAAGCUGACCAAAUCAAAUAUCUUCAGAGAAGAGGGGUCGAGGUUCCCUCGCGCGGUCUCUUUGGGUAUCUCAAACAAGAGACGAGUCGUGCCACAGUCGCGAUGGUGGGUGACGGAAUCAACGACUCUCCUGCGCUGACUGUGGCUGAUGUGGGCAUCGCCAUUGGAUCUGGCUCUGAAGUGGCAAUUUCAUCCGCCGGUUUUGUCCUGGUCUCGUCGAACCUGAGGUCAUUGCCAGUCCUGAUCGACUUGAGCCGAGCAGUUUUCAGGCGGAUCAAGUUCAAUUUCUUCUGGGCAGCUGUUUACAAUAUGGUUGCUCUCCCGGUUGCUGCAGGGGUUCUUUACCCUAUCAACAGCGGAGGAGGUCGCAUCAGACUGGAUCCUGUUUGGGCGGCAUUGGCAAUGGCAUUGAGUAGUAUCAGUGUCGUGAUUAGCAGUCUGGUACUGCGUGUACGAGCACCUGUGAUCGGAUUCAGAGCGCCCAAGGAACAAGACUGA